UCUCGCCCCUCUCGCUCUACUCCUGUGCAUCACAACCUAGUGGGCUUUACCCGGACUGCACCGCAUUGACGCUACUGCUGCCAGCCGACCCAACCCACUAAACUAACGCACUGACACAGUGAAUCGGUCUUUUUGGAUACUAUUACCCGCAGCUGGUAACUGGAUGCUGUGCGGGAUUGCGUGCGUGGAUAUGCAGCAUUUCCCUUCUCUUGCUCGCUUUGCUCCGUUCUCUCUGGACAACGAUUCGCUGUCCUGUAAUGUAAUGUCAAGACUUUGGGAACGGGAGUGAGUCGUGGAGGAGGUGGCAAUUUGGAGACUACUGCAUACUGCACCGCAAGAAAUCUGGAGCUAACUCACAAGUUUGCAGAGCUCACGUCAUGUAUGUAGCUGUUUACUUGAAACCCUGAGCUCCCACCCCUGUGCUGUGUCCAACAUGGGUGUUGACUGAAUGGGAGAGUAUCCCCGCGCUGCCACAGAGGUAUGAAGAUGCACUUGUGAGGAUUAAAACUGCGCUCAGUAAUUCCUGGACCAUGCAGAUUCUGCCGCCUAGGACGUUAUUUGUGUUGUUAGCUCAUGCACAUGUAUUAUUAUCUCUAAGAAAUAAUGGAGAAGUACGAACUAAUGAGGACAGCAACACAAGCUCAUACUCUGCCAGGACUUUCCACGGGUCACUCAGGGAGAGUCAUCAAAAUAAAGCCAGGGACCGUGCGCUCUCGCCGGGUUACGCCACAGGUGCGUCAUCGGCGGAACUACAAUCGCAGCGGGCAAUUAUGCGUGGGACCCUUAACUCCACUUACCCCUGGAAAAGGGUAAUUGCAGAAGAAACGUGGCGAAUUGGACACAACAAACGCGACUUCAGUAGGACUGUGACACCCGUGGAGGAUCCCAACGCCUUCUCACAUUGGGGCCCGACGCGCCACCAUAAUAAGAGGAUAAAGUUGAAUGGCGGUUUUAGUAGUACGGGGACGCCAGCAGGUGGACACUACAAUGCGCCUAAGCCCUCUUCAAUGGGCCGGGGAGACGGAGGAGGGGGACCCGAGGAGGGCGAUAGGCACAAGAGAGGCACACAAUACGAGCAGAAGAAAGCCUGGAAGAGGGGGAGAAACCGGCUGAACAAAAGCUCAGUGGUUUUGGCUCAGCCUCACGCGUCGCCGUGGGAACCCAUCCCCAAGCCGGUGGCCCUCACCUCCACCGACCUGCCCUUUGACCUCUUCACCAGGAGGACCGAGUUCUUCACUUUCAGAGAGGAGAACCCCUGGGACGCCACGCCGAUCACCCCUCCUAGCUCGCAGGAUUUCGGGGACGAGAUCAAGAACCCCUUUUACCCGGUGACAAGUGAGACUUAUGGCGCUUACGCGAUCACGUGCGUCUCCGGGGUCAUCUUCCUGGUGGGGAUAGCGGGCAACAUCGCCAUCCUGUGCAUCGUGUGCCAGAACUACUACAUGAAGAGCAUCUCCAACUCACUGCUGGCCAAUUUGGCCGUCUGGGAUUUUGUGCUCAUCUUCUUCUGCCUGCCCAUGGUGGUUUUUCAUGAACUGACGAAGUCCUGGCUGCUGGGGGAAUUCACCUGCAAAGUGGUGCCCUAUGUGGAGGUGGCCUCCCUUGGUGUGACCACCUUCACCCUGUGCGCUCUGUGCAUCGACCGCUUCCGUGCGGCCACCAAUGUCCAGAUGUACUAUGAGAUGAUCGAGAACUGCACCUCCACCACUGCAAAGCUUGCCGUCAUCUGGAUUGGUGCGCUCCUAUUGGCCCUCCCAGAGCUCCUCAUCAGACAGCUGGUGACUGAGGAAACAGGAAUCCCAGACGAGCCCCCUGUUGAACGCUGCAUUAUCAGGAUAUCCACCUCUCUCCCUGACAUGCUGUACGUGCUGGGCUUGACCUAUGAGGGUGCCCGGCUGUGGUGGUGUUUCGGCUGCUACUUUUGCCUCCCCACCCUCUUCACCAUUGGGUGCUCAUUGGUGACGGCACGGAAGAUCCGGCGCGCAGAGCAGGCCAGCGUGCGCAGCAACAAGAAGCAGAUCCGACUGGAGAGCCAGAUGAACUGUACUGUUGUGGCGCUGGCAAUUGUCUAUGGCGCAUGCGUAGUGCCUGAGAACAUCUGCAACAUAGUUUCUGCAUACAUGGCGGCCGGGGUUCCUGAGCACACCAUGUCUGUCCUACAUCUUCUCUCCCAGUUGCUGCUCUUCUGUCGGGCCGCCGUGACGCCGGCACUGCUGCUUCUUCUGUGUCGUCCGCUGGGCAGGGCCUUCCUGGACUGCUGCUGUUGCUGCUGCUGCUGCAACCACGCACCCUCUUCGGCCACGGCUAGUGACGAUAACGAACACGAGUGUACCACCGAGCUGGAGCUGUCGCCAUUCAGCACCAUCCGCAGGGAGCUGAGUAACUACACACCUGCUGGCUCCAACUGCUAAACUGACAUUCCGCAUCAGGGAUGGAGAUUUCACUAGCCUGCUAUUAGCCUUUGGCUAGUAUUUCUCAGACCCGGCUAGGAGAGAUUUGCCUUACCUACUCUAGUCACAUUUUUAAAUGGGUGCAUGAAUAAAGUUGAACACGGAAUAAUCACAUUCAGCCAGUGUCCUAAAUCCUCAACUUUCCUUUCUUACAAUAAAACUGUACAUUUACAGUAACUGUGUAACACUUAGUUCCAGGAAAGCUAACAAAAAGCAAAAUCAUCUUUUCCCUCACGCCCUGGGGUGCUCUUAAAACAGGGUCAGUACAUAUUUUUAGCAAUCCUGCCUGACCCUUUAAAACUUACGAACUUCCCUGCUGUAGACCUUGUAUGCCUAAAUAUCUUUGAACAGUUGGGAUGGCCUCUUAACCUGUCUGAUGUCUGGUUCCUCACAAGAGGUUUGAAUCAGGUUAAUAUCUUCAAAUUACCUUAUUCUGAAGCAGAAAAACAGAAAAAAACCCUUGCUGUGUUUCCCACAGGCAUCAUGCUAUUAGUGACAGGGAAAGGUCAUAAUAUUUAUACUGUACAAUGUACAUAGGGGAAUUAUUGUACAGAAAAUGUUCUGUUACUGAAAGUGAUGAGAAAUGUAUUUGGCCAACAUAAAUUAUAUUUAUGAAUGGGAAACUCUGCACUGUAUAUCUUCAAGGAGAAAUAAUCAAUGCCAAUCACGUUCCAAAUGUGUCACUGUUGAAAUUAUGGGGACUUGGCUAAUUAAUCAUAGAGCGCAGCCUUGUAAGAUAACACAAAAUACAGCAUCCAGCUAAACAUGUGUGCUGACACUGCCUAUAGAAAUACAGGACUCAGUUUACAGACUAGAUCAGCUGUAAAUGUACAGUUCAUAUAUUGCUGCACACAUGAGAACAAGGCUUAUGAUAAUUAAACUAGUGCAGGGCGUCUCUGCAGUAAUGACAAUUUGCAAGUGGAAGACACAGAGAGGAGGGUGGACUGGAGCAUCCAAAUGUACACAACACUUACACUGUGUAUUGAAAAAUAUCCAGUUGACUCAAAUAUAACUGGGCUGGUCUCAGAGAUACAUGAACAUGGACGUGAGUGGAAUCAAAAGGUUUGGAAUGGACUAAUUGAAAUUAAAUUAGUUGAAUGGAGUGGAAUGGAAUCGAAUCAAACACUACAGAUUAAAUUGAAUGGAGUGAAUAUGAAUUGAGUGGAAAAUAAUGGAACAUAACACCGUAUAUAAUUGAAAGAGAUGGACUCAGCAUGGACUGGACUGAAAAUAAAUAUCUGCACUACACUGUUGUAUCAUGUUACGCCUUACACUUUGGGCUGUAUAUAUACUGUACACUUUCUUUGGUGCUCUUAUAAUGAAUGCGCUGUAAACAACAAAAUCCAUCGGUUUGACUUGGAAUCGCAAGUAAUUGAGCUGCGUACUAUGUUUUUGGUCAAGAAGACAGAUUGCAGUUUUCUGUGACUCUGGAAUACAUGAAAAAUAGUGGGGUAAAAGAAGAAAAAAAAAUUAAUGUAGAGUUUCACAGAGUUGCCAUGGACACAGGUAAGAGAGAUCAUAUGAAUCUUUGAGUAUAAAUACUGCCUUAUUAAGAGUGACGGUUGCCAAGUACAGUGAUUACUCAGAGUUGACUAUAGGUCAUUGGUAUAUACUGAUAGAUCAAAAGGUAAUUCCUAACAUUGUAUAAACUUCAAUAGAUGCAAUAACAAACUAGUAUCCAGCUAUUUUUAUUAUUACAUUGGUACAGAAAUAUAAUUACUGGUAGUCCGGUUUUGUAACAUAUAUACAGGUACAGUAAUUAGCAUCAUUUACUAGGUGAUUGCAACCUAUAAUUGAAAUACAAAAAGUGCCAAUACUCCAUAAUUACAUGUAAAGAUAACUGAUUUAAUGUAAAUAUAAGGGGAAUUAUAUAUUUGUACCAAUAGUGAGUGCGCAAAGUUGAUAGUAAAUAGUUGCUGUUUCAUUUUGUACAUGUUAGUUGUUUACAGUUUCUGAACUUUAAAACAGAGUGCUACCACAAGUGUGGAAAAUAACUCGAAGGCAAGACCACAAUUGACUGUUACCUAAACCUCUUCCCAAAACAGCGAUUGUCCAAUCAUAUCUGAGCAACUUUAACUAGGCAGGGCAGGUCUGUCAAGCUUUGGAUUGCUCCUCAUUCCAACGUAGUAUCAUGAGUGGGCUCUAGCAAGAGUGAUACUUAGCAUUUAAACAGUUUGAAGGGUGGUGUCUUUUUUUUCUAGCCUUCCAAAACCAAAAGCACAAGCAUCAAAUAUGUAAGAAAUGGAUUAAACAUUGUGUUUAUUAUCUGUAAUAUAUGGUGGAAUUGUUAGCAUGUCACCCUGCGAUGGGCUGGCGACCUGUCCAGGGUGUACCCCGCCUUGCGCCCGAUGUCAGCUGGGAUUGGCUCCAGCCCCCCCGCGACCCUGUAUGCAGGAUAAGCGGUUGACGAUGGAUGGAUGGAUGGAUGGAUCUGUAAUAUAUGGUGGAAUUGUUAGCAUGUCGCCCUGCGAUGGGCUGGCGACUUGUCCAGGGUGUACCCCGCCUUUUGCCCGAUGUAAGCUGGGAUUGGCUCCAGCCCCCCACGACCCUGUACGCAGGAUAAGCAGUUGACAAUGGAUGGAUGGAUGGAUGUUAGCAUGUCCGGAUUUUAGAAGUUUACACUCCGGCAAACUCUACCAUUGUUUGCAUUUGCCAAACACACUGGAAAGACUUUACCCUAAAAGCCUUUUCUAAUAUGUUAAAUGUGUAAACAUAGGCUGAAAAUACAAACAAGUAUGUAAGCUAAGUAGCCAAACAUGGUUAUGUUACAACAAAAUAAUAGUCUUUCAGCAAAUAAUCAUGUACGUAGCCAUCAAUUUAAGGGUUUUCAUUUUAAAAUGAGUCAGCUCUCUGCCUAUGUUAGCAUAGUUAGCUAGCUAGCUACAGCUAAUAAAAUUGGUAAAAGUCACCAGCUAAAGAUGAGGGGCAGCUUUUUUCUACUUCUGUCUGAAAUUAAGGACCCACUGUGUCAAUAAUUACUAAAAAUAUCAAUUGGUAAAUCUGCUGCUGUUCAUUGUAAAUUGCACUGUAAAGUGCCAUCUGAGAAAAGAAAGCUUUACAGCUGUAGCAACACUAACUAAAGGGGGUGGGGCUUUACGGACAGUUUAUUUUAUAGCUUAAAGAAAAGUCCUGCUUCUUGACCUAUCAUACCCUUUGCAGUUUCAUUACUUGAGUUUUUAAGGAGAACCGAUGAAAUUUGUGUCAACAGUGUAUAAAUUUACCAGUGUAUUGUACUGUAAAUCUGUUUUCUUAAUCCUACCAAUCAGACCCGAGUCAAAACAAGGUUCAAACCACUAUCACAACUUAUUAUAAUGCAGGUAAAAAAUACUGAAAAAUGAACAGCCCAAACAUAUGGCAUUAUGGCAGAGGUGUGUAGAGGGUUUCUGCAGAUGACCAAAAUUACUCUUAAAAGCUUUUAUUUUGUUAAAGUAAAGUUAAGUUGUCAAAGUUAAUAAAAAAAAUAUUUCUUUAAAUAUUUAUAACUAACAUUUAUGGUGGUGAACUCUGUGAUGACCCAGGUGUGAUGUUCAUUGGUAUACUGUAUAUUGCUAUGAAUCUUUUGCAUACAAUUCUGCACUGCCAAACACCUUCUCUCUGUCUGUCUCUUGUGCUCUUGUGGUAGUAGCACACUAUCUCUGGGUGUCUCUCUUAGCAUGGAGGUCAGUUUGCCCUCAGCUCCAUUAAAAACGGAAAGAGGAAUAUCACUACACAACAUAAAUUACAAAAGGUUUGACAGCGCCCAGGGCCAGUCAUACUCGGAAUAUACGCAUUCACAAUAGCCAGAAACUGUGGAUAAAGUUUUUUUCCCUUUGGAGGCAGCAACUGUUUGGCUGUAGUGAACUCCAGUUUAUGAGCUUUAAGAGAUCCAGGUGGAUGUAGCCUCUGGUUGGCACUGCCUGCAGUUCUUCAAGUUAAUAGAGGAAAUGAGCAGGAACUUAGCAGUGCUGCAACACAAUGGCCUGCAGCCUGUUUGACAACUCUUUUUAUUACCAUCACUAACAGGGUAUUGUGGGCCAAUGUAUAAACCUGUCCAGGGAGUUUAUAUGCCCUUGCACCAGCCAAGUUUCUACAAUUAUAUCAUGUCAAGAAUUUGGGAAAGAUUUUUUGGUUUUUAGUUCAGUGAGUUGGAGCUGGAAGUCUGGAUUUCUCCUCAUUUUUGAUGUGACCUAAGUGUAAACUGACCUCCUGAAUCUGAUUAUCCUUUUCUGCAUAUUUCUGGGAGUAUAGCUCAUUCUAAAUGGCUCCGUGUGUAGUAACGUGGUUCAAACUAUUGAUGAAGUGAUUCUUGUAAAUCAGUCAGUGAGACGUUUAUUCUGAAUUUUGUGAGUAUCCUCUUCACUCUGAGCAAAUUGUGUCUGUAUUUGAUACCUGAAAAUGUAAGCACACAACCACUAUUGUCUCUAAGUUUAGUCACUGGUUUCUAAAUAGCUUUUUAUAUAGCCAAAAAACUGUCCCUUUGUUUAUCAAAUAACUUUAUCUUGAAAACUGUAUAUUAAAAUCCUAAAUGUA